AUGCGCGAUCCAGAGUCAACAAAAGAUAUUCUAGAAAGGUGCAAUAUUGGUCAGCAUCCUCCAGAAUUCAAGGAGAAUGGUCUAUGUGCGGUUUAUAAACUGUUCUGGGCCAAAAUGCCUCAUGCCAACAUUUUCCUGGCUUUCACCCCCGAUCUUUUGCAUCAAAUCCAUAAAGGUGUGUUUAAAGACCACCUCGCCAUCCUGGAUUAUCCAGGACUCCAUCACUUCAAGAAAGGUAUUUCGACUGUAAAACAAUGGACAGGAAGUGAGCAUAAAGAGAUGCAGCAAGUGUUUAUUGGCUUACUUACCAGAGCGGUGCCUAGUCAUGUCUUGGUAGUUGCACGAUCAAUUCUUGACUUUUCCUAUCAUUCCUGGCUCCAAAUUCACACAACUGACACGCUUAAAGCCCUACAAACUGCCUUGGGAGUCUUUCAUGUGAGUAAAGAUGUCCUGAAGGAACUUGCCAUUCGAGAACAUUUCAGUAUACCAAAACUACAUCAACUCACUCAUUACGUCCAGUUGAUCAUGUUGUUUGGUGCAGCUGAUGGCUUUAACACCGAGCUUCCUGAGCGCUUGCACAUUGAUUUUGCAAAGGACGCUUACUGCGCUAGCAACAAAUGGGACUAUGAAGAACAGAUGGUUUUGUGGCUUCAAUGUCAGGAAGCAGUGUUUUUGUUUUGCUUGGUGCAUACCUGA